GUCAGCGGCAGCGGGCGACGCAAGUUCCGGACCGGGCUCCGGCGGCCUCGCCUCCCGCCUCCCGCUGCUCUUGCUUAGCUGUCCUUCUGCCCCGAGCUCUCGGAGGGUGUCCCCGUCCCUCGCCUCAGCGGCGGCACCGUUCUCUCGUGAAGCACUCCCCCCAGCUCCAUGAAUGGAAAUCGGCUCCGCAGGACCCAUUGGGGCCCAGCCCCUGCUCAUAGUGCCCAGAAGACCUGGAUAUGGUACUAUGGGCAAACCCAUUAAACUGUUGGCUAACUGUUUUCAAGUGGAAAUUCCAAAGAUUGAUGUCUACCUCUAUGAGGUAGAUAUUAAACCAGACAAGUGUCCUAGGAGAGUCAACAGAGAAGUAGUUGAUUCAAUGGUUCAACAUUUUAAAGUGACUAUAUUUGGAGACCGUAGACCAGUUUAUGAUGGAAAAAGAAGCCUUUACACAGCCAAUCCACUUCCUGUAGCAACUACUGGGGUAGAUUUAGAUGUUACGUUACCUGGGGAAGGUGGGAAAGAUCGACCUUUCAAGGUGUCAGUCAAAUUUGUAUCUCGAGUGAGUUGGCACCUACUACAUGAAGUACUGACGGGACGGACUUUACCUGAGCCACUGGAAUUAGACAAGCCAAUCAGCACUAACCCGGUCCAUGCCGUUGAUGUGGUGCUCCGACAUCUGCCUUCCAUGAAAUAUACGCCUGUGGGGCGUUCCUUUUUCUCAGCUCCAGAAGGAUAUGACCACCCUCUGGGAGGGGGCAGGGAAGUAUGGUUUGGAUUCCAUCAAUCUGUUCGGCCUGCCAUGUGGAAAAUGAUGCUAAAUAUUGAUGUUUCUGCCACUGCCUUCUACAAAGCACAACCUGUAAUUCAGUUCAUGUGUGAAGUUCUUGACAUUCAUAACAUUGAUGAGCAACCCAGACCCCUGACUGAUUCUCAUCGGGUAAAAUUCACUAAGGAGAUAAAAGGUCUGAAGGUUGAAGUGACUCACUGUGGAGCAAUGAGACGGAAAUACCGAGUUUGUAAUGUAACAAGAAGGCCGGCCAGCCACCAAACCUUUCCUUUACAGUUAGAAAAUGGCCAGACUGUGGAGAGAACUGUAGCUCAGUACUUCAGAGAAAAGUACACUCUUCAGCUCAAGUACCCACACCUUCCCUGUCUGCAAGUGGGGCAGGAGCAGAAGCACACAUACCUGCCACUAGAAGUCUGUAACAUUGUGGCUGGGCAACGGUGUAUCAAGAAACUAACAGACAAUCAGACUUCUACCAUGAUUAAGGCAACAGCAAGAUCUGCACCAGAUAGACAAGAGGAGAUUAGCAGAUUGGUAAGAAGUGCAAAUUAUGAAACAGAUCCAUUUGUUCAGGAGUUUCAGUUUAAAGUGCGGGAUGAAAUGGCCCACGUAACUGGACGUGUACUUCCAGCACCGAUGCUGCAGUAUGGAGGACGGAACCGGACCGUAGCAACCCCAAGCCAUGGAGUGUGGGACAUGCGAGGAAAACAGUUCCACACGGGAGUUGAAAUCAAAAUGUGGGCUAUAGCUUGUUUUGCCACACAGAGGCAGUGCAGAGAAGAAAUACUGAAAGGUUUCACGGACCAGCUGCGGAAGAUCUCCAAGGAUGCAGGGAUGCCCAUCCAGGGCCAGCCAUGUUUCUGCAAGUAUGCACAGGGGGCAGACAGUGUGGAGCCCAUGUUCCGGCAUCUAAAGAACACCUACUCGGGACUGCAGCUCAUUAUCGUCAUCCUGCCGGGGAAGACACCAGUCUAUGCGGAGGUGAAACGUGUAGGAGAUACACUUUUGGGUAUGGCCACACAGUGUGUGCAAGUCAAGAAUGUAAUAAAAACAUCUCCUCAAACUCUUUCAAACUUGUGCCUAAAGAUCAAUGUUAAACUCGGAGGAAUCAAUAAUAUUCUUGUGCCUCAUCAAAGACCUUCUGUGUUCCAGCAACCAGUGAUCUUCCUGGGCGCAGACGUCACUCACCCACCUGCUGGUGAUGGAAAGAAACCUUCCAUUGCUGCUGUUGUAGGUAGUAUGGAUGCCCAUCCAAGCAGAUACUGUGCCACAGUAAGAGUUCAGAGACCCCGACAGGAAAUCAUCCAAGACUUGGCGUCCAUGGUCCGGGAACUGCUCAUCCAAUUUUAUAAGUCAACCCGAUUCAAACCAACCCGUAUCAUCUUUUAUCGGGAUGGUGUUUCAGAAGGACAAUUUAGACAGGUAUUAUAUUAUGAGCUACUGGCAAUUCGCGAAGCCUGUAUCAGUUUGGAGAAAGACUAUCAACCUGGAAUAACCUACAUUGUAGUUCAGAAGAGACAUCAUACACGAUUAUUUUGUGCUGAUAGGACAGAAAGGGUUGGAAGAAGUGGCAACAUUCCAGCAGGAACUACGGUGGAUACCGACAUCACUCACCCGUAUGAAUUUGACUUUUAUCUCUGUAGCCAUGCUGGAAUACAGGGAACCAGCCGUCCUUCACACUACCAUGUUUUGUGGGAUGACAACUGCUUCACUGCAGAUGAACUUCAGCUGCUCACUUACCAGCUCUGUCACACCUACGUACGCUGUACAAGGUCUGUUUCUAUCCCUGCACCAGCGUAUUAUGCUCACCUGGUAGCAUUCAGAGCCAGAUACCAUCUUGUGGACAAGGAACAUGACAGUGCUGAAGGAAGCCACGUUUCAGGACAGAGUAAUGGACGAGAUCCACAAGCUCUUGCCAAGGCUGUACAGAUUCACCAAGAUACCUUACGCACAAUGUACUUUGCUUAACAAGUCCAGGUGUAUUCUCCGAGAAGAGCUGAAAGAUGAAUCAACAUACAAUGUAUGUUUCCAGUGGGGAUGCCUCCAGCCAUACAGAAGUCAACAUUAUGUAGGGGUCUGGUCCUUAUGUUGAUUCAAGGAAAAUUGUUUACUUUGUCAAGGAACACAGCACCGUUAUAUGCUAGGAAA